AUGCCAUUGCAUGAACACUUUGGCGUUUCGCGGAUUGUGGUCCAUCAUUUCGCGAAGUCUUUUCAACUGCGACAGUUCCGAACUUUCGAUUUCUCGUUGUACCGCGACUUUCGGGAAAAGGCGUCCGGCCGUGUAGCACAGGAGGACGAGGAGUUUGACGCGAUCACGGGGCUCCCGGCCCACGCCGGACCGAAGGGCGCGACGCGUCGGCGACUCAGAGGCUCGCGCGCGGAGCUCGACGUCCGGCGACGACUACAUACCUCACUCUCAUAUUUGCGCGCUCCCGUUAGCAUCAACAAUCCGGGCAAGGACAGACGGCUGCAAUUCAUCAAUGAGGCUGGACAAUGA